AUGAGACUCUACUGCGCUGUACUGGGCUGGUGGGUGUGGGACCACAGCCAGGAUACACUCGAAGGCUGGGACGUUGAGCGACACCGGUGGCAGUGCCACCCAGGAGUGGUCGGGCAGUCUCCCGUCAUGAGAGAGUCACCAUCUGGAGCUGUGUCGCCGGCGUGCGGCGGCCUGCCUCCGGAGGUGCCUCUGAGGCGGGGUAAGAUCCGUUGGCGGAAGAUCGCCAGGACGGAUAUCGCGGAGCUGCGGGACGACGGGAGAGGGCGGUACGGGCUACGGCCUACGGUCUAA